GGCCGCAGGCGGGUCGGGUCACUCGCUGCUCCGGCCGAAGUGGGUCGGGUCACUCGCUUCUCCGCUUUCCCUUCGAUCCCAUCCCGACGGAUACGCCGACGAAGGCCGUGAAAACCUUAGCCAAGAGACGAACAAAUAGUAAGGUUUGUGGUAUAAUGAAUAUCUUUGCUAGCUGAUAACCUGAGGAUCCAAGCAACCAAUAAAAUGUGGGAUGAGAAACAAAAGAGCAUGAUAUUUCAGGGUGAAAGCAUGAAUCCUGGUUUUUCUAGUCCUGAAGUGUCGUUUAUAAAGAGCAUAAAACCCGUACCUUCCAACAAUGGUUCUCAUAUGCACUUUUUGGAGGAAGCCUCUAGAAAAAGAAAAGCGGUGGAUUUGGAUCAAGGUGGUAAUGUUCAUAAUGGUGCUUCUCUUGGAUAUAUCGGAAAUUUCAGAGGCAAUCUACAUUACCUGCCACCAAUAGAUUCAAGUAUGAAACAUGUUAUUGCUGCACCACCUAUGGUCCAUUCUCAUGGGAGAACUCCGGAAAUUUUUCCCAAUCAAAAUAUGCAGUCUGCUAAACCUAUCAGUGUGCAGUCUCAAUUAGGAAACUGUCAUUUUCACAAUACAGAUAGUGCAUCCAUGAGUUUGCCUACAAAAGGUGCACCAUUUCAAGAAAUUGCAAGUGAUAGUUCUAAAUCCUGCACUUUCUACCAUCAAGAGUCUUUCCAAUCAUUCAGAACACCCACUGAAGAACUCCCUAAAUUAAAUGAUUCAAAACAAGAUGGAGUAGCCACCCAAUCAGAAUCAAGUAAGGUCCAGUCAUAUUAUAGUCAGGUUGGCAGGUGCAUGGAGAAGUCUCAAGCUUCUUUCAGAUCACAAAUAGGGAUGUUUAUGGGGCAUGGAAAUUAUAAUGUUUCAAGGAACUCGUAUCAAUGCUCUAACAUUUCUCAGAAUUUUUUAAUGUUGGAGUCAUCUCGAUUUCAAAUGGUUGAGAAAAAUCUCAAUGUGGAUGAAGGAAGCAAUGUGCCAGAUUUUUCUAAAUGUGGACUACUUGAAGCAAAAAAGGGUGAUCACAAUAAAGAUUUUGUGGAAGUUUGGGGUAUCUCAGUGGACACCACAAAUGCCACAAAAUUACCUGCAGUCAUUGAAGGAGAAAAAUCUUGUGGAUCUUAUCAUAAUCCUAACACCAAUGUAAAUUAUGGAAAUCAUUCUUGCAAUGAUAUUUUAGGUGGGCACUUGAAUGUCAUACCUGCAGAAUCAUCUAGUUCUGAGAAAGUAUGCUUGAAUUAUGAAAGGUCGAAAAACAGUGCUCAUGUUUCAAUGGAUUCAGAAAAUAGGAGUUUGGAAAAAGAUGACUGCACGGAAACUGAGAAGAAGGAUCAUUCCACAGAAGAGGGUAAAAGACCAGUCGAGCAUGGGGAUAAAUUGGAUGAACAAAUCAAGUCAGGUGCUGGAAAGCUACCUCCAGCUACUGAAAAGCUCUGGGAUGGGUCACUUCAGCUAAAUGCCUCUAUAACAGUGUCUGCAGUCGCCUUCUUUAAAAGUGGUGAGAAGGUUCAAGACAUCAACUGGUCUGACAUUAUAGAAAUUAAAGGAAAAGUGAGGCUACAUGCAUUUGAAAAAUUUAUUCAGGAGCUUCCUCGCUCACGCAACCGCGCAUUAAUGGUAAUCUCCCUGUGUUGGAAGGUUGGAACCUCUAGAGCUGGGCUGACAGGCAUGAAGGAGGUUGCCAAGAUUUACAGAGAGAGCAAGAGGGUUGGAUUUGCACAGAUCUGCCCUGGUUUUGAUCUUUAUGUCUGCCCUCGAAGUGACACCAUCAUCACAAUACUUGCAAAAUCUGGUUUCUUCAAGGGCAUGGCAGCAGUUGAAGAAGACCAGGAUUCAUUGAUUGGUUGUGUUGUAUGGCGUAGAAGCCACCCAUCUUUGAGCUCUGCCCCCAAAAAAUUGGACAAAAAAAAGACUUCCAUGCAAGAGCAUCAUCUUCUCUCAACAGAUUCUUCCGUUGCAGAAGUGAACUCUCCACCCAUAUCAGAGGCUAGAUCAGCAGCUGAGAAUGCAACACUCAUGGCAAAUGAAAGCAACACAACGCAGCUAACCAACAAUCUAUCCAACUCUGGUAGUUUGAAAACAAAAUGUGGACCAGGAACUACUUUAAUCCCAUAUAAUUCUCCUCUAAUUCCAGCUCAACCACUUCAUCCACAGAAGCCUGACUCAAGAUCUCUGCGAAAGACUAUGAGGUGCAAUGAGAAUUCAAAGGAUUGCUUGGAACCAAUGCCAUCAGCUCCUUCUGGACCACAGCAAUUGUUCACAGAAGUUCCGCUAAGGAAUAUUCGGUCUGUCAAUGCCCCAUGUAACCUUCACAGUUUUCAUUCUGAUCCCAAUCCAAUUCAGCCUCAAGUGGUACGGAAGUCUGAUUCAAGCUCUCAGCAGGACUCCAUUGCAAUUUCUUUACAGGCUGGGACUUGCAUCGUACCUCUUCCAGAAUCAAAGAAGCCUGUGUUGGGUUCUGAACUGGCACAAAUUGCUCUUCCUGGACCACCUCCAUUGCCACCAGAAGUUCUACAAAGGCUUAUCAGUUCCAGCAAAGCUGCAUUAAAGCCCCCUUUGCAGGAACCUAAUGAACCCAUACCCAAGGUUGAGAUUCCUUUGAGGCAUGUGGCAGAACCAAAGCAAGCUGCUCCAAGUAUUGACCCAAGAGUACCUGCUCUUCCUAUACCACCUCCAUGGCUGUCAAAAGCUCGGAAUAGAGCUCCUGGAACUGAUGUUGAUGACGACUUACCAGAAUUUGACUUCAAUUCUGCAUGUGGAGUACCAGAAACCUCAGCUAGCAGAUAUCUUCAGUCUGAUCAUAUGCAAGAUGCUCCUUUGUUCAACGACAAACAACUCCCUAUCCAAAUGGCCAAGAAUGCAGGUGAGGCCACACUUCAUGAAUUGCCUAGUGUGAAGCCAAGAGGAUCUAUACGAAUAUCACCAUCGUCAUCAUUUCCUGGUGAACCCCUUAAUCCCUAUCAAGGAAUCACCUUGCCAGCAAAAUUUGAAAGUUUUGUCUCAGAAAACAAGCCUGCAGCUCAGACCUCCGAGUUAUUGAUGCAACCAUGCACCUUUGAAACCAAUAAGGAUUCAGUUAGCCCGAGUUCUAAUUGCAGAUUUUUAAGAAAGAAUCACUGGGAUGAUGAUGAUGACAUGCCUGAGUGGUGCCCAUCUGAUCUAGAGCACCCAAACCAACCACCACCAAGCUCGACAACCAAACUGCCUUUGCCGGUACUUAAACCAACCUCAGAGAUUGCAGCGCCACAGCCCUCACUUAAUGCUCCAUCCCCAGCAUCUCUCUGUCCACCAAAAGGUCAAGGAUUUUGUCAAGGGUUUCAACUUGGAAUAUUGGGCCCAUGCCCUGCCAGCAACAAUCCUGCUGCAGCACCAGUUCAAACAAGACCAACCACCAAAUUUGUUCACUCGAGACAAAGGCCUCCCUUGAUUCCCAAUACAGACCAUUCCUUGAGGCCAGGGAAUAGAAAGUUUGGUAUCAAACCGCCACAAUCAAAUGCUGAUUGGAGAUCGCGAAGGCCCUGAUAUCAAACUUGUGGUUUUGUAAAGUUAUAGAUCAUCAUGACUCAGUAGAUCACCAUGUUAACCGUUGGCAGUUGGUGCAGAUAAGUAUCUUGUAGCUGAGCCUUUAUGAAUUGCAAAGCUUUGCAAGGCUGGAUCCUGCUUGUAGUCUGGUUCUAAAUUCACAGUUGGUUUGAAGUUGGAUAGUGAUGUUUUAGAAGUUUAUGUCAUGUUUAGAAAAACUAGUGUAUCCGUCAGUCUCAUCCAUGUUAUGUUCAUAUUGGUUUAGGCAAUCUUGUAAUGUUUGUGCCAUUCUUGUAAGAUGAAAUGGUGUCCAGGGGUGUUGGCAAGAUCAUGCACUUUUGCUGCAGUGAUCGUAAGGCAGUCCUAUGAUUGUGCAGUGCACCUAUAAUGGCAUCCUGGAUGUCAAUUUUAUGGACUGCUAUAAUCAUGGGUAAUUGCAAUGUGCAAGUGACUCAGGAUGUUGAGCAUGUAAGAUAGAUGCUUCCUAAGCUAUACUUUUCAGUGGAUGCUGAAUACUUUUAUUCUGCAUAUAAUCACAAAUUUUUUCGCCAUCUCA